CUCUUUCUCCUGACUUCUUUGUUUUUAGGUGCUCGUGCUGAAGACAUGAAUGUUUGCCCAAAAGAAAUGGUCAAAUUGUGUUGUCCUCUUCUUGAGCAAGCCAUCCGGAGCGGAGAUUACAGAGAACUCAUCUGGAAAGUCGCCGACCCUCGUGACAAAUCUGAUUCUGAGCGAAAACUGGGUUAUUGCGACGAAAAUCUCAGCUGUGCCACAUAUAAUUCCCUAGGAAGCCUUGAAAAACGUAUCACGAUCAGAAAUGCUCCUGUAAAUGGGACAUUGUACGUGGAGCAGCUGAUCAAGGACGACAUUCUUACUUUUACAUGCUCUGUACAAAGAAAACAGAACAAAGACCCACUUGUUUAUCAAGUGAAUGUUUCCUCCUCCGUUCAUUGUGAGUAG